GGGAACUCUAUCGAGGGAAGGAAAAAUAUCUAGACUUUGCGAGACAUACUCUGAAUCCUCGAGUCCAAGAUCGAGUUAACUCGCCAGAUUCACUAUUUUGAGUGGUACCAAUGGCUGGGGUUAUGCAGAAGUUCCUAAUUGCAUCGAUGUUCAUGUGGAUUCUACCUAUUGCAAUAUUAUAUGGAUUCAAUCAUGAUUUGCUUCCUGGUUCAACAACAUUAUCUCCACAUUCUCUGACAAUACUUAGUGGAUUUCUAGCGGUAGUAUCAGUCAACGUAGUGAUUGUUUUCUACAUCUGUCUGGCUUUGAAAGAACCUACAGAUAAACACAAGCCAGACGCUUCCUUUGUAGCAGAGGCCAAAGAUAGUGUAAAGAAAUUGACAUCAGGUGUCCCAAGUACAGACCCUGCGCUCAAGAAACAAGAGUGAGCAAACCACAUCCCCUUAUCUUAAAACAAGGAACAGCUUUGAAAUUGCAUCAGAUGGAGUAGAGCUCAAGGUUGCAAUCCAUUGUUUUGUAACUGCAAAAGUUUCUUGGCUGCUAUAUCAUUCUGUAUUGCGUUGGUUGAGCAGAAAAAUACGCCAUUUUGAUGUUUUACAGAGCCAAGAGCUAAUGUUUUAGGACAAAAAGUUCACACAUCCAUAACAGUUGUGACUAGUCGUCUAAGUUGAAUAUUUUUUUUUUCCGACAUACUCACGACAGUUGUUUCUUU